GGGUCUCUUUUUGCUUGUGAGAGACGGAGAUGGAGAUGGGUUUGGUCAAGAAAGAUGCUACUUGGUGGGUGUUUACGCUCCCGGUGUUUCUUGGGUCCGAGAAUAUUCUGGAUGGUUAUGUCUUGCUGGCACUUUUUAUGGCUUCUGUGGGUCUUGUGCUUUUGACUUGGUUUUAUGCUGUUGGCGGUGUUGCAUGGAAAAAUGGGAGGAACCAGAGAGGCAAGGUUUCUAUUCCCGGGCCUCGUGGUUUGCCCUUCUUUGGAAGUCUUUUUACUCUCAGCCGUGGCUUGGCUCACCGCUACCUGGCGUCUAUGGCUUGGAGCCGGGCAAACUCUCAGCUCAUGGCUUUCAGCCUCGGCUCCACUCCUGUAGUCGUCGCUUCUGAUCCGCAUACGGCCAGGGAAAUAUUGUCCUCUCCGCACUUCGCUGACCGUCCCAUUAAACAAUCGGCUAAGAGCUUGAUGUUUGAUCGAGCCAUUGGGUUCGCUCCCAGCGGAACGUACUGGAGGCUCCUAAGGAGAAUCGCUUCUACUCACCUUUUCUCUCCGCGACGUAUCUUAGCUCACGAGAGUGGCCGCCUGCUAGACUGCGCCACCAUGCUGCGUAGUAUAGAACACGAGCAGAGACACCGGGGAUUUGUUUCUCUCAGAAAGCACCUUCAGUUGGCGGCCUUGAACAAUAUCAUGGGGAGUGUCUUUGGCAAAAGAUACGAUCCGGUGCAUGAUAGCGUAGAGCUUGAAAAGCUUGAAUCAAUGGUGAGAGAAGGGUUUGAGCUGUUGGGCGCUUUUAACUGGUCUGAUCAUUUGCCUUGGUUUAAUUACUUCUAUGACCCGAAUCGUAUUAACGAUCGCUGCUCAAAGCUCGUUCCGCGAGUCCGAGAAUUCGUUCGAGGGAUCAUCGAAGAGCAUAGACGCCGUGGGAUGGAGAACUCGACGGACGAUGGUGAUUUCGUUGAUGUUUUGCUUGGUUUGGACGGUGGAGAGAAGCUUCAUGAAGAUGACAUGAUCGCUGUUUUAUGGGAAAUGAUUUUCAGGGGAACCGAUACGAUUGCUUUGUUGACCGAGUGGGUUAUGGCCGAGUUGGUUCUCCAUCCGCGGGUGCAGGAGCGGCUUCACAGGGAACUAAACGGUGUCGGAGGAAGUUUGAGAGACGCUGACGUGGCAAGGCUCCCUUACUUGCAAGCCGUGGUGAAGGAGACUCUUCGUGUCCAUCCUCCGGGCCCACUACUUUCUUGGGCUCGUCUUUCCACAUCGGACGUCCAGCUCAGCAACGGAAUGCUUAUUCCCGCCAACACUACUGCCAUGGUGAACAUGUGGGCCAUCACACACGAUGCCCAGGUGUGGGAAGACCCCUUGGAGUUCAGGCCUGAAAGGUUCAUUGAAAGCGAGGGAGGUGCUGACGUGGACGUUCGAGGUGGUGACACGAGGCUCGCACCGUUUGGGGCUGGGCGCAGGGUGUGCCCAGGCAAGAAUCUAGGGUUAGCCACGGUGACACUCUGGGUGGCUAAUUUGGUGCACCACUGUAGAUGGACUCAGGACGCGGCGCACCCGGUUGAUUUGAGUGAAGUGCUGAAGCUCUCUUGUGAGAUGAAGUAUCCUCUUCAUGCUGUGGCUGUCCAAAGGAAUGGUUGACUUCUGGGGGCGUCUUAAUUAAUUAAUUAGUAUUAUUGUAAGUUAAUCCACUGGUUAAGUACGGUUGUUUUCCCUUAAUUAUCUAUAGUCUUUUAAAAGUCUGUUGUUUAGGUAUUAUAGGAUAUUAAUUAAUGUGGAUUAACAGUUGGGAUUGUAGCAAGGGGCUCCAGUUUUGGAAAUGGUUUGUAAGGAUCCCUUUUAAUUGAAAUGCUAGUGUAUUAUAAAAUAUUUAACUUUAUUGUAACCGGUGUUAUUCAUUUUCUCCA